AUGACUAGACGAGCCUGUACAACAAUGCUUGACUGGUUAACUGACAGCAAAAAAGACCGAAAGGAUGAUGGAAAUGGAGGAUACGCUCGGUGGCAUAGUGUUGGGAAAGAUCUUAUGGUCCUUGAUUUCGGUAACAUCAAUCACUGUGCAGAUAUAGCAGCUUUUGAUUUUGAUGGUACUGUGAUAAUAACGAAAUCUGGCAAAACGUUUCCUGAAAAUGAGGAUGACUGGCAGUUUUUCUGCGAAUCUGUACCACAUGCCUUGACCGACAUUGUUGGGAAGGAUUUCAAAGUAGUGAUAUUUACGAAUCAGCGAGGCAUACAAAAGGGCUCUCAAGAUCGUGAUGCCUUCUGCAGAAAAAUGGAAAAAGUGUGUCAGGAAAUCAACAUUCCCGUACAGGUAUUUGUUUCUCUGGGAACACUGCAGUACCGUAAGCCAUAUAUUGGUAUGUGGAAUUAUUUUGAAAGUCAUGGAAAUGGCGGUAUUUCAGUCAAUCGGCAAUCAUCAUUUUAUGUUGGUGACGCUGCAGGCCGCAUACAGACAAAUGUGGACGUUGAGGAGUAUACAUUACCGUCUUUUUUACCGUCAUCCCUGUUGGAUGAGAAAGUUAGCUUGUUUGAUCCAGAAAAUACUUCGAUACCAGGUAAUGGUUUGGAAGUGCUUAUAUUCGUUGGUUACCCUGGAUGUGGUAAAAGUAGUCUCGCUAAAAAAUUAGCUGCACAGCACGGAUAUGGUAUAGUGAAUCGAGACACACUGAAAACCUGGCAGAAAUGUGUUGAGAAUGCAAAAAUUCUUUUGAAACGACAGCAAAACGUUAUUGUUGACAAUACUAAUGCUGACAAAGAAUCGAGGAAACGAUACAUCAGUCUUGCUAAAUCAUUUGGAGCUGUUUCGCGGUGCUUUUUAUUUAACUGUACACUGGAACAAGCAGCACAUAAUUGCAAAUAUCGUGUUAUUAUUGAUACCGACGAAAAACACAUUGAAAUUGGCCGAAUGGUACUUGAUGGUUACAAAAAAAAUUUGAAGUCUUCUUCACGGACAGCCUCUUUUGGCGGGGGGAGAGGGGAGAGAGUUGCGCACCCUAAUGAGGUUGCAAGCUAUGCUGAUGAUCGCGCAUGCCCCCGGGUGGAGUUUGGAAGUGACCCAGAAGAACAGAUGCCGAUGUUACUGCGCUGUGGAAGAAAUAAAGCUAAUGAAUUGAUGGAAGAGCAACUUAACAGGAAGGAUGGAUUCGGUGAGGGUUGUUGCCGUAUGGGCUGUCUUGCUUUGCACAGUAACCGAAUGACACGCCUUCACGAUGAAAAGUACAUAUGUGGUAUUUAUGGGCGUAUAAUGUCUUUUUGCCGUGGGCGGUAUGAUCGACCGCUUUUUGCAUCAGUAGAACUUCCGAUGUCCGCAACUGAUAACACAUUGUUUCUUUGA